GGGUUUUUUGCCACAUUGUUUAUGAAAAAAACAGUCCACGUAAGUAGUUUUCUUUUCAGACACCGAUUGUCGAACGUCUGCGCGAGGUCAUUUACUCUCUUGAGAAAGUUGAUAUGCCUGUCUUAUAUGUGACGAGAAAAGAGAGUUUCUGCGCCUGUCAUCGCCUGCAUAGCUCAAAGCUUUCCGAUAGCGACAAUGAGAGGGUGUUUGGAAAGUGCAACAGUCUGAAUGGACAUGGGCAUAAUUACGUCGUUGAAGUCACGGUUUCUGGAGAGCCAGAUCCCACGACUGGCAUGCUGAUCAACCUGGCAGACUUGAAGAGAUACAUCGACGAGGCAUUCCUUGAAUCACUAGAUCACAAGAACAUAGACCGAGACGUGGAAUACUUCUCCAAGGCGAAUCUGACUUCCACGACCGAGAAUUUGGUACUAUAUAUGUGGACCCAGCUCAAAAAGACGCUGCCAGACCCAAAAAUUUUAUACGAGGUCAAAUGUUGGGAAACAGAAAAAAACAGUGUGUUUUACCGCGGCGAACUCUGAAUAGAGUUUU